GUCGCCUAGCAACAAAACCUGACUAUGAUGUCACAACAACCUGCUGCACAGACGACCUGCGUGUUGAACCCUCAGGGCCACCGUACGAAUCAUACGCCAGUAAUUGGUUUUAGUGCAGAUGUUCUGCAGCUGUGCACCACCCAUUAAUAAUUGAAGCAACGCUGUCCUGCAGAGAGCCCUAAAGCAUCAUGGGAGUUGUAGUUGUUGUCUACAACUGGGGCCUGAUGUUUGUCGUGUUGGUCCGUGUCCGCAGAGCGUCAGAGGAAGAACUCCUCCAUGGCUAAAGUGGCUCCACUAGGCCCGCCCUCCACCUCCACGUUAACUCCGCCCACCAUCGUUCUACAAGACAUGGAGGAGGAGUCAGGUGACGUCAGGGAGGGGGACAGAGCGGCUCAAAGAGCAGGAGCAGGAGUUCUGUUCAACGUCAACAACAGCAACAACAACGAGGAAGAGGAGGACGAGAAGAAGAAAAAGAAGAAAGAGAAGAAGGAGAAGAAAGAGAGAAAAGAGAAGAAGGAGAAGGAGAAGCAGGAGAAGAAGGAGAGGAAGGAGAAGAAAAAGAAGGAGAAGGAGGAGAAGGAGAAGGAGAAAGAGAAGAAGGAGAAGGAGAAGAAGGAGAAAGAGGAGGCCCCCAAGGAGAUCACAGUGAUCGACCCGGCAGGAAACACCUACUACCACUGGCUCUUCAUCAUCACCAUCCCCGUCAUGUACAACUGGACCCUGAUCAUCGCCAGGGCGUGUUUCGAGGAGCUGCAGACUGAGUACGUGCACUACUGGUUCAUCGUGGACUUCGUCUGUGAUAUGGUUUACAUCGCUGAUAUGAUCUUCAGGACCAGGACUGGUUACCUGGAGCAGGGUCUCCUGGUGAAGGACGAGAAGAAGCUGCGUGAGCGCUACAUGAACAGCUUCCAGUUCAAACUGGACCUGAUCUCCAUGAUUCCCACCGACCUGCUGUACCUCGUGUUCGGACUCAGCUUCCCCGAGAUCCGCCUCAAUAAACUGUUCAGGUUCAACAGGAUGCUGGAGUUCUUCCAGAGGACGGAGACCAGGACCAACUACCCCAACGCUCUUCGUAUCUCCAACCUCGUCAUGUACAUCGUCAUCAUCAUCCACUGGAACGCCUGCCUCUACUACUCCUUCUCCAAGGCCAUCGGUUUCGGCUCUGACAGGUUCGUGUAUCCCGACCCAAAGGAUCCAGAGUUUGGUCGCCUGGUGAGGAAGUACGCCUACAGCAUGUACUGGUCCACGCUGACGCUCACGACCAUCGGAGAAACGCCGCCCCCUGUGGAGAACUCAGAGUACAUCUUCGUCGUCACUGACUUCCUGGUGGGUGUGUUGAUUUUCGCCACCAUCGUCGGUAACGUCGGCUCGAUGAUCACCAACAUGAAUGCUGCCAGAGCCGACUUCCAGGCUCGCAUCGACGCCAUCAAACAGUACAUGAGCUUCCGAAAGGUGACGAAGGACCUGGAGAAACGAGUCAUCAAGUGGUUUGACUUCCUGUGGACCAAUAAGAAAGCAGUGGACGAGCGGGAGGUGCUGAAGUACCUGCCUGACAAACUGAGAGCCGAGAUCGCCAUCAACGUCCACCUGGACACUCUGAAGAAGGUGCGUAUCUUUGCGGACUGCGAGGCCGGUCUGCUGGUGGAGCUGGUGCUGAAGCUGCAGCCUCAGGUCUACAGCCCGGGAGACUACAUCUGUAAGAAGGGCGACAUCGGCAGAGAGAUGUACAUCAUCAAGGAGGGAAAACUCGCUGUUGUCGCCGACGAUGGCGUCACGCAGUUUGUGGUUCUGAGCGAUGGAAGCUACUUUGGCGAGAUCAGCAUCCUGGCUAUUAAAGGCAGUAAGGCGGGAAACAGGAGGACGGCAAACAUCAGGAGCAUCGGCUACUCCGACCUCUUCUGUCUGUCCAAAGACGACCUGAUGGAGGCGCUGAAGGAGUAUCCUGACGCCAAGGCUCUGCUGGAGGAGAAGGGACGGCAGAUUCUGAUGAAGGACGGACUGCUGGACCUGGAGGUGGCAGCGCAGGGCCCCGACCCCAAAGAGAUCGAGGAGAAGGUGGAGCGGAUGACGAGCACGCUGGACAUCCUGCAGACGCGGUACGCGCGGCUGCUGGCCGAGCACGAAGCCACGCACAGCAAACUCAAACACAGAGUCACGCGGCUGGAGAGGAAGCUGCCGCUGCCGCCACGCGCCGACCAGCCGGGCGACGCCCCGCCCCCGCCCACACCUGAGCCGACCAAAUAAGAAGAGAAGAAGUAG